UCCCUUUUUUCUCCAUCUUUCGCAACGGCUGCUUCAAACAUUGUCGGAACAACCGACUUAGAAGCUCUACGCCUGUAAUGAGCACAUAGUACAACAGCCUUUGUAUCUGGACAAAGGCGUAUACGUCUUCGAGAUGCUCGUCCCAAGAUUAGCCGGGAGGCAAUUGCAUAGUUGCUUCCGUGGCGCCACCUGCGCCGCUAGAGCUCCUCGACAAUGGCAAACUCUCGCUUCGUUGUCGAUGAGCGACCAGGAAAAAACCGUCGAGGUCAACGGCCAAACGAUACCAACAGACACCUGGUUCAACGUCCCUUCAAACGUCCUCGACGCCGCCUCGCGCAAGCUUCACCUCCAAAAAGACCACCCCGUCUACAUCACCCGUCAAAUCAUCGAGUCGCAGUUCCCCGCGCCCACCUACAAGUACCACAACACCUUUGACCCCGUCGUCACGACGCACCAAAACUUUGACUCGCUCGGGUUCCCUCUAGACCACCCCGGCCGCGCGAAAUCAGACACCUACUACUUCAACAAGGACACCCUCCUCCGCACACACACGAGCGCCCACCAGGCGCAGACCUUUCAAAAGAACCUGAGCGAGGGCUACCUCAUCAGCGCCGACGUCUACCGUCGUGACGCCAUCGACAGGAGCCACUACCCCGUCUUCCACCAGAUGGAGGGCGCCCGCAUGUGGGACAGGACAAAGGUGCCCAACGGCGACAUCGCCGCCGCCGUGUGGGAGGACCUCAACAAGCUACCGAAGCACAACGUCAAGGUCGAGGACCCCCACCCGGCCUACGACGCGGAACGGAAUCCCCUACAGGAAGGCCACCACUCCCCCGCCGAGGCCGAGGCCAUCGGCGCCCACCUGAAGCGCUCGCUCGAGAACAUGGUGGUCGAGAUCUUCACAAGGGCAAAAGCCGCCGCCGCGAAAGCGGACCCGGACUACAAGGACGAACCCCUCCGCGUCCGCUGGGUCGAGGCCUACUUCCCCUUCACGAGCCCCUCGUGGGAACUCGAGGUCUACUACGCCGGCGACUGGCUCGAGGUGCUAGGCUGCGGCGUUGUGAAGCAAGACAUCGCCAUCAACGCGGGCGUGCCGCAGCAGGUCGGCUGGGCUUUCGGCAUCGGCCUCGAGCGCAUCGCCAUGCUCCUCUUCCAGAUCCCCGACAUCCGCCUCUUCUGGUCCAAAGACGAGCGGUUCCUGAGCCAGUUCCGCGGCGUCUCGGAUCAGCUCGACGCCAUGCGGCGCUUCGUGCCCUUUUCAAAGCACCCGGCCUGCCCCAAGGACGUCUCCUUUUGGCUCAAGAGCACCUCCUCGGCGGGCGGCAACACGAAAGCCAACGCGCAGGACUUCCACGAAAACGACUUCAUGGAGCUGGUGCGCGACAUCGCCGGCGAGCGGGCCGAGGACGUCCGGCUGGUGGACGAGUUUACACACCCCAAGACGGGGAGGCGCAGCAUGUGCUACCGCAUCAACUACCGAAGUCUGGAGCGGACCCUGACCAACGAGGAGACCAAUGAGAUGCACAGCGAGGUGACCCGGAAAUUGGUCGAAAAGCUAGGCGUCGAGAUCCGGUAA